AUGCUUUUUAGACUCAGAAUUUUGGCCCUGGUGGCCUCGAUAAUAUCUAAUACCCUGGCACAAACCCCUCAAGAUUUUUCCCCAGGCACAUUGGUCAAACUCGGCGUAGCCUUUCCCUCCAUCAACAUUGAUCCCGUCGGAAGUGCCUUGCAAAGCUUAGACCAAGCGAAGUCUCAACCGGUCAUUUCCGUGCCGAUGGCAAAUCUCGUGGGAAGAAAUGGACAGGUAGAUCCGCAACAACGAUUUAUGGUCAUGAUGAUCGAUACGGAUGUGGUCCAGCAAAACAUCAGAACGACUGUGUUGCACUGGUUCCAGCCAGAUCUGGUGAUCGAUACUACGUCACAAGGCGGCAUCAUGCCGCAGUCAGCGCCAGGUACAAAUGCAUCCUCCCUCGUUACGCAGGCUCUUUCGGGCAACAUGACGAGACUCGUGAAAAGCUCGACGCAGAGCUCGGUCGGCCAGACGAAUUACUUGCCACCAGGCCCGCCGCCUGGACCGGCACAUCGAUACGUGCAAGUCCUCUUCGCGCAGCCGAGCAACUUCAGCGUCCCGGCGUGCUUCCAGAACGUGCUGUCGAAAGGAGGCAAUUCGACAGAGCAAAGACUGGGUUUUGAUAUCAAUCAGUUCCUCGCCGCCACCAAUGUGGUGACGCGGCCAAUCGCAGGCAACUACUUUAGAGCGCAGAAUCCUCAGCCAGGAAGCUUGGUCGUCAAUACCAUCGGAACGGGAUUGGUAAAUGCAAGAUGUCCUGGUGUCACUGUAGCGGGGCAAGGAAUGCCGGCGGGGGCGAAGCGAUGGAUUGGCUGAAGAGUGUAGGUUCGGCGGUUGAUCUGGAUACUAUAACCUCCUUGCACGAUACUAUAG